GGGUGUUAUUGGUUUACAUACUUUUAUGGAUUUGAAAAUACAAAUCAAAUCAAGUGUUAUUGGUUUUGUGAUUUUAUAAUCCAUAUUCAAAUUCAUUGUUAUUGGUUCUAUGAUUUUAAAAUCUAUAUUAAAAUCCAUUGUUAUUGGUUUUAUGAUUUCAAAAUAGAUUUUAAAAUCAAGUGUUAUUCAAUAAUAAUGAUUUGUUUAAGGAUUUGAUUUAAAAUUGGAUUAGAAUGGAUUUGUGAGUGAUUUUAAGUUAAAAAUACAAAGGAGCAAAUAUUGCAUUGAACCUUGUUAUUUUGACAAGUUCGUAUAUGUAUUGCAUAUGUUAAUUAUAAAAGGCAGUAACAAAAAGGUACGAGACUUUUGUUAAAUGGUAGUCCUUGAAAGUUUUCAUUUAUAAAAAUGUCAAGCACUCGCAUUUUUGUCAGUUUUCUAAUUUUCCAAUCAUUCAAUUUUUUAACAUUUUCCUAUAAAUAAUAGUUUUCUAUUUUCUAUCGUAAUGGUCCAUCAUCAUUAUAUAUAAUCUCUAUUAGACAUUGGAAAAUUAACAGAAGAAACAAACACUUUAAAACCCUAAAGAGCAUCAAUGGAAGAAUCACAACAAGAACCACAAGAACGUGGAAAAGGUUCUUAUGUUCAAUGGAGUCCUCAAGAAAAUAAAACUUUGAUAAAUCUACUUUUAGAUUGUGUUGCUGCAGGAUUACGUGAUAGUAAUGGUUUAUUCAGCAAAUUCACAGUGGAGAGAAGAAUCUUACCUACUCUCAAUCAAAUGCAUGGGAGCACCAAAACUUUUCAACACUACUCAAACAGAAUGAAGAUUUUGAAAACAAAGUAUUUAAAUGCUGCUGAACUUCUUCGAUUUAGUUCUGGGUUUGGAUGGGAUUCAACCACAAAACGGUUUACGGCUCCAGAUGAAGUGUGGGCUGAAUAUAUAAAGGCACAUCCAAAUUACAAAAAAUUUCGUGAUGAAACCUUCGAAGAAUUUGAUGAUCUCAAAAUUAUAUUCGAAAGGAAUUUAGCAACUGGCAGAAACGCGAUUGGAUUAGGUGAUACCACUGAUGCUCGAACAACUGGAAUUGCGGAAACAGAAAAGGAACGUCCAAAUUAUGGUGAAGAAUUUCCUUUUAAUGCUCCAGAAAAUUAUGAAUCACAAUCAUCUUUUUUUGGCAGUCCUUCAAAUGAUACUGUGGAAAAACUCCCAGUAAGAAAGAGGCAGAGAACUAAUUUUCUCUACAAAGCUGAUGAUCCAUCCAUUCAAAAAGAAGGUGUAGAAGAAGCUAGCACAGGAAUUAACGCCUUGACAACGAUCACUCAGAAACUCUUCAACUUGAUAGAAGAAAGAGAAUCAAGACAAAAACAAGAAGCUGAACAAAGAGAAGCAGAAAAGAAAAAGAAUAAUCUAUGGGAAGCUAUCAAAGAAGUUUCUGAUUUGGAAGACCAUGUACGUCAUGAUACGGUUAAAAUGAUUCAUCAACUAGGAAUGAAAGAUGUAUUCAUUAGUAUGUCCAUUGAUGAACACUAUGGUUGGAUUAAACAUAAUGUCAUAGGGUUUUGAAUUCGUUAUUAUUUCAUACGUUGGGUUUUAUUUAUUUUUAUCAUCUGAUGUUGGCUUUAAUUAUCUCUAGGGUUUUUUGCUAUGAUUAUAGU